AUUUCGUUAGCUUCGAUUCUUCUCUUGUCCCUUGUUAUGGUUCAUGCUGCACAUGCACAAGACCAUAUAACCGAAUAUGUGAACCCUCAUAACGUAGCAAGAUCUGAGGUAGGUGUUCCAAAUAUUGUUUGGAACGAGAAUGUCGUUGCUUUUGCCCAAGCUUAUGCUAAUCAACACAAAGAUUGUCAACUGAUCCACUCCGGCGGUGGUGGCCUUUACGGAGAGAAUCUCGCGACUAGCACCGGUGGCAAAUUCAAUGGCACACGUGCAGUGAAUUUGUGGGUGAAAGAGAAACCCUACUAUGAUUAUAAUAGUAACUCUUGUGUUGGUGGUAGGUGUGGCCAUUAUACUCAGGUUAUUUGGAGAAACUCAACAAAUCUUGGAUGUGCCAAAGUUAGAUGUGAGAAUGGAGGAACAUUCGUUACUUGCAACUACUAUCCACCUGGAAACUAUGGUAGCCAGAGACCAUACUGA